UGUUGACCACUCAAACAAAAAUUGCCGACAGUCUUUUGUUGUGUUAGCUUAGUGCGCAUGUCAUUACGGAAGCCCGGUCACACUGUCAUGUGAUCUUUGUUUACAUCCGCCAGAAGUUCAGCUACACGUGUAUACAUAGCCUGAUAACAGCGUGAACCACUGACUAUGGCGGCCGUGACCUCCAUUAAACCCUUCAGCCCAGAGGAGACCCAGAGGAUUUUGCAUCAUUUGCAGCAGCCUGCAGUUUUCCUGAAGAUGACAUGUGACUGGCCCGUUCUCCACUGGACUGCAGAGCAUCUGUCCAACUGUCUUAAUGACACACUCGUCCGAUUCAGACUAGGAAGACGAGAGGAGACACACGCCCCCUUGUUUGAGACCCAGUGUUCCUACGCUGAGGCCACAGUAGCUCAGUUUCUGCGCUGGACUCAGGGUCAGACAGAUGUGGGUCCGUUUUCUGACUUCUCGCUGUCAGAGCACUGGAUUUAUGCUGAUUACAAGUACAUCGCUGCACUGUUUCAGCACCAGCCUUCCAUGUUUGAGGAUGUAAAGUGGUCGGACUUUGGCUUUGAGGGACGUAACGGUAAAGAGAGCACUUUGUGGAUCGGCACCGAGGCGGCUAACACGCCCUGCCACCAGGACACAUACGGCUUUAACCUGGUGCUGCAGGUUCAGGGACGGAAGCGCUGGCACCUCUUUCCACCAGAGGACACGGCGAACCUCUACCCGACCAGGAUACCGUAUGAGGAGUCCAGUGUCUUCAGCCAGGUGGAUGUCCUCCGUCCAGACCUGCAGAGGUUUCCUGCGUUUCGACGGGCCAGAGCCCACGUCGUCACGCUCCAGCCUGGACAGGUGCUUUUUGUCCCCAGGCACUGGUGGCACUAUGUGGAGUCGGUCGAUCCCAUCACCGUCAGCGUCAACACCUGGAUUGAGCUGGAAGUGGACAACGUGGCGAGAGUUACAGAAGCUGUGACCAGGACUGUCGUCUCUGCUGUUAAGAGCUCUGAAAGCGAUGAUAACACGGACAACUGGCUCAAUCCCACAGAGGAAGGAGUCCCCUCCCACAGAGAAAACAUGCAGUAUCUGAACCUGGCUGUGAGGGCUUGUGCUCAGAGAACCAGGAGUCUGAGUCCAGAUCUGACAGAAGCUCGGCCAACAAAAAGGGACUCUAGAGGACAAGUGAAGAAACACAGAGACAGGGCCGAUGCUUCUGAGGUGUUUGAGGUGCCGCUUGGGCCACAUCUCAUCCCUGUGUCCUGUCAGCACGAUGAGUGGAAGAAAACGGUCCCAGAAGACUCGGAGAUCAACGCUUCUCAGGAGGACAGUGCUGGUGGCUCAGAGGGAUCAGUGGGAACUAAUCCUACCAGACCUUCUCAGGGAAAACAGUCAUGUGGUGCUGGUUUACCUCCACGUGACUGUGCUGAACAGGAGCAUGAUGCACCAGAGGAUUGUGCAGAAGAAAACAGGAGCUUAAGACACACAUCGAUUACCACUAAUGACCUGUUAGACUGUCUGGUGCAUCCUGAUGUCAUCAGUCACAUCACUGAGCUGCUCCUGGAGAGACACAUAGGUGGCCAUCUUUAAUUUUCACCUGUCAUUAGGAAGUGAACGGGUGUUUGUUUAGAUGGCUCAGAUGUGAGAGGACACGUGUGAUGAUCCACACCACCGGGUGGAUCUGACAGUUCCUCUUGUCGUUGUCCUAAACAUGUUAAUCUGAUUUGGUUUCCAGAAGGGGCAAAAAUGGCCGCCGCAGUCGAGUUAGUAUUCUAAUAAACAGAAUAACUCAAGAUACUGUU